UCGACUGCUGUGGGUCGCACGAUUAGGAAUGAGGGAGGUAGGUCGGGAGCACAGAGGUCAGUAGCUAGGGGAUUUCGCAUAAAGAGAAGGGUCUGAUCAGGACUAUAGCAGAAGAUCUGAGGGAUUCGGCUACAGGUUAGGAAGAACAACUUCCUCUUUUCCUCUUUCUCUCUCUCUCUCACUCUUUAUAUGUAAAACAAAGAGUUUGGGUUGGCUAGAGUAGAGAAGGCGACAGGGAGGCGUUGAGGGAUUUGUCUUGGGAGAUCGGAAGAAGAUAGGGCUUGCUGUUUGCGAACAAGGGAUGAAAUUGGGACUUUGGUUCGGUAGUUGAAGGCAUCUAUAGUGGAGGUGAAGACCAGAGUUGGUGGUCUGCAGAGGUUUCGCUUGGGGUUCGGUCGCAGGAGGGGAGAUUGGGAUGCAGGCCGGAGGUUUGUGCGUGGGAAAGGCAUUGAAGCUGCUUGCGAGAGAGAGAGAGAGAGAGAGCGGGCUCGACAGAGGUUCUUUUGCCGUUGUUUUAAUAGCGAGGGCAAGUGUACAAUCGCAGGAUUCAAGCAGAAAUUGUGGGAUGCGAUGUAAACGGCGCCGAACCGACAGACUUUCUCAGGAAUUUUCUCAAUCACUAGCUUGCUUCGCCGCUCUAAACAAAUCUCAGAAUGGUAAUUCAUUCAUGUUGUCUGAAGCAGAAGUUAAGGGAUUAUGGUCUCCUGACGAAGAUGAGAAGCUCUUCAAUCAUGUAAUCAGAUUUGGUAUUGGUUGCUGGAGUUUCGUACCUAAGAGAGCAGGGCUUCAGAGAUGUGGAAAGAGUUGCAGGUUGAGGUGGAUUAAUUACCUGAGGCCAAAUCUCAAGAGAGGAUCAUUCUCACAAGAUGAAGAAGAUUUGAUCAUCAGUCUCCAUGAAGUCUUAGGAAAUAGUGAUGAGGACAUUGACAAAUGUUAUUGAUAAGUUUAUCGACGUAGAUCAACGGCUACGAUUCACAGUCUUUAUUUUUUAUGCAUUUAUGUGUUAUUUAUUUUCUAGUUCCAGUUGUACCCUUUUACUUGAGUUCAUUUGAGUUGUAGCCCAAGGGACAUUCAAGCCUUUUCCUUUAUUUUAGUUGGGGUCUAUAUAUUGAUGCCUCAUAUAUUGUAAUGAGAAUGAUGAAUGAUAAUGAAAAUCUCUUAUGUUUUCUUC